CAGGUGAUGGAGAGAGAGAGAGAGAGAGAGAAAGUGAGAGCUGGUGAACAGAAGAAUGAGAAAAUGAGUGGUACUACUCUGAUAGUUUAAUGCCCACUCAAUGUACGGUGCUAUAUAUUUCAGUCUUCGUACAUCUCGCCUGUCAGUUUGUGUACAUCCAGCAGUACGCGGCGGUCUGCUGUUUAUAAGAUUUGUUUGUGAACAUCAUUAGUGUACUAUCUCAUUCAUCAACUAUGCAUACAGUUAAAAGACAGCAUAUGUCACUUCAGCUUUUCUUAUGUCUUUUGGAAGUAUUUCACUUAACAGACAAAGGCUACGCCUCACCAGUUACUGUACCGGUUACUCUGACCACCACACUAGGAGAUGUCGUUGGUGUUCGGCAGACGACGGGCGCCACUCCAGUGGAUACAUUCUAUGGAAUCCCAUAUGCACAGCCCCCUGUUGGCCCGCUGCGGUUUAAGCCCCCAGUGGCGCCAGAACCUUGGGAUGGCGCCAAGUGCGGACUGGAGAAACCGAACUCUUGUUGGCAGGUAGUCGACACCUAUUUCGAUAACUUUUGGGGCGCUAAUAUGUGGAACCCUAAUACACCUCGUAGCGAAGACUGCCUUUAUUUGAAUGUGUGGCGCCCAGCCUGCGAUUCAGGUUGUCAACCUAAGACGAUCAUGGUGUGGAUAUUUGGGGGCGGUUUCUUUGCAGGCACCUCAACUUUGGAUGUUUAUAAUGCUGCACAGCUCGCCGCCAGGAAUGACGUCAUCGUCGUCACCAUUGGUUUCAGAAUCGGCAUAUUUGGAUUUCUUUAUCUUGGUAACGACAGCGCUCCCGGAAACGCCGGUCUGUUAGACCAAGUGAUGGCCCUAAAAUGGGUGAAUGAUAACGCCGUCAAUCUUGGUGGUUCUCCAGAUGAUAUAACAAUCUUUGGAGAGAGUUCAGGGGCAGUGAGUGUUGGCUUUCAUCUCCUUUCUCCUCUUUCAAAAGAUCUUUUCAAGUACGCCAUCAUGCAGAGUGCAUCCCCUUUAGCUUUUUGGAGUCUCCAAGAUGUAGAAUUUGCCAGCAGUAGGGCACGUAAACUAGCUAGGGACUUGAGCUGUAAUUUAGAAAGCGCCUCUGAUGUCUUAACCUGUUUGCAAGCAGUGAUUGCUGAAAAAAUCGUGAAUCGCACAUAUGAAUAUAGUACUGAACCAUACUUAGAUGUUGCUUUUGGUCCUGUUAUUGACGGUAACUUUCUCACCGACAAUCCAGUAUCGAUUAUAAAAAGAGGUGAAGCAAAGAAAACUAGAGUUAUCCUUGGUGUUAACAAAAAUGAGGGCUACUACUUUGAAGUCUACGCACACAAGGACAUCUUCGAUCCACUAAAUAAAAAUGGAACAAUUAGUGAAACUGACUAUCAAACUAUUCUCACUUAUUUGUUCAAUAACGAUACCGCUGUGAUUCAGGAAGUGAAACAGAAAUAUCCAGUGGAUUCCAAUAAUUCCUUCUCAACUAAUAUUGACAGCAUAACCGGUGACAUGUUUUUUAAAUGCCCUGUUGUAGAUUUCGCUGAGCUCUACUCCAGACAUUCAGACGCAGUGUACAUGUACAGUUUUGAACACCGGACAAGCCAAACUCCCUGGCCAGAAUGGAUGGGUGUUCUUCACGGCUAUGAGAUAGAGGUUAUCUUCGGUUUACCUUUGGCGGCAGGUUCUAAUUACACAGAAGCUGAAAAAGGCCUGAGUUCUUUGAUGAUGAAACUCUGGACGGACUUCGCAAAGACAGGGAAACCCAGCCCAACAGAUGAGGAUCAGUGGCCAGAAUACAAGCCUGAUGAGCAAGCGUACGUAGCUAUUGACAUUGGUGGCCUCAGAACAGGUCAUAAGCUUCGCGAUGACCAGUGUCCUUUUAUGGAUAAUAACGCAGAAGAAACUAGGAAUACAACUUCCUUGCGUAACCUUGAAAACGAAAGUAACAAUUCAAAUCCAGUGCUGGUAUUAGACGUCAAUGAAAGCCAAAACAGAAGUAGGAUUUUUUCAAGUGAAUUAUUUACUCAAGAAAACAAUGAAAAUAAUUCUAGCCAGAUGUUUAAUUAUACCUUGCCAAACCAAGAAUACAAUAGUUCAGGCCCAGUGAAAACAAAUACCAAUCAAAACAGUGGGGAUAUUACAAGUGUAUUUACUCUGGAAAACAUUGAAGAUAACUCAAGUCAAGUGCUAAAUAAUACCUUGUCAAACCUAGAAAACAAUAGUUCAGGCCCAGUGAAAACAAAUACCAAUCAAAACACUGGGGAUAUUACAAGCCAAUUUAUUGGUGAAAACAGUGAAGAUAACUCAAGUCAAGUGCUAAAUAAUACCUUGUUAAACCAAGAAAACAUUAGUUCAGGCCCAAUGCAAAGAAAUACUUACCAAAACGAUGGGGAUGAUCUAAGUCAACUAUUUACUCAGGAAAGCCAUGAAAAUGCCUCAAGCCAAGUGCUACAUAAUACCCUCCCUAUCCAUGAAUACAGUUCGAAUUUUUCCAGCCCAGGGAUAACUGAUAACCAGGAAAAUACUAGGAAUUUUUCAAGCCCCUUUACAUUUCCUAACCAGGAAAAUACUGUGAACUCUUCAAGCUCAGUGCUAACAAAUAACCAGGAAAAUACUGAAAAUUCUUCAAUUCCAGUGCUAACGACUAACCAGGUAAACAUUGAAAAUGCUUUAAGCUACUUGGUAGAUGACAUUCAGGGAAACAUCGGAAAUGUAUCGAAUCAAGAGCUACCUGAUACCCAGCUAAACCAAGAAAAUAGUAACUUUGUUUAAACCCCAAUUUGGAUUUGAUUUUCAUAGUAUGCAAUCACACAUACAUACACAAUUUACACUCAGAGAUAAAGAGUAGCCUAUAUAAAUGAAUUCAGAUAAGAUUUAUUGACAUUCUUGCUCUAAAUAAAUGAAAUAGAUGUUUUCUUAUUCAGGUCUAUCCACAUCCACUCAAGCACACAAGAAAAACAACAACAGAAACCGUAACAUUAAUAUUCCAACAUUAAAAUUGGUUGUUGAAAAAUAAGACAAUUUGGCAUGCAGAGAGGGAGAGAGAGAGAGAGAGAGAGAGAGAUUAGAUGUGUAUGGAAAACAAUAUAUUAGAAAUAAAACUCGUCCACAAAGUAAUAACAAUACACACAGCAAACAAACACAGGAGACAUCCAAGCUACCCAUUGUAACAACACUGAUAAAAGUUGAUGUCUCGACGUGAAGUUCAACAAACUUGAGACUAUCUCUGGUUUAUCUUUACAAACAUGGGCAACCAAAUGGUAUGUGUAUGUGUAUAUGCUUUAAGCUAUCUUGCUAUUACCAGACCCUGUCAUGGGCAUGAGAAUCACAAAGAUCUAAUACAACCUCACAAAAUGUGAUAACUCCAUUGUCAUUUGAUAUUGCCUGCUUUUAUUUCUUGUCUACAUUGGAAACAGGAGACGUCUGGGAGAGGGCUGAGAGCCGAGUGGUUAAGUGCAAACCUGAUGGUCUCGGGUUGAAGUUCUGGCGUGCGAGAUCGUGGAACCUCAAAACUCGGAUUUAAAAAAACUGAACUGAAGGACGCCGAAUUCAUCUUGCUGAAAAUAAGACACACCCAACCUUGUAAAAACACUGACCGCAGUAUGGGUUGAAAUAAACUGGGUCAGCCUUGAAGAACCCCUGAAUGAACUAUUCUACUAUGAGAAGUUUGAAUUGCGAUGUUAAGUUACAAAAAGAGAAACGAUCAACACUCAGAGACACACAAAGAACACCUUCGUGUCAUACAGAGAAGAAAAAGUUUCAAGUGCCUUUAGAACUCUGUAAACGAGUUGCCUGAACUAAACGCUCAAAAUUGUCAACUUAUUGUCCCCAAUGUUGUUGUAUUCAUUUUACAAUCAUACUUAGGCAAUGCAGUAAAUAAUGAUGAUUUAUUGCAAAAAGGCCACAAUUUUCAACCUGCUCAAGCUUUGGUUAAAUCAUUCGUCAUAGUUACACUAUAAAAUAUAAAAAUGCAAACUUUCGACAAAGAUUUCUUUUGUCUAGACAUGAACGUCCACAUCCACUAAAUAAUGUCUUGAUUACUAAACAAACGUGAGAGGUAUAAAGAGAUGUGUAACCUGUAACCAAUCUAGAGACCUAGUAAAGAGGUCAGAAUUUGUUCACGUGAUCAUUCAUUCAUGUCUUCCUGUUCUGUUUUACUGGUUAAUAAUACGUCAUUAAGAAAAUGGCGAAGGAAAGUUUGACAAUUGUUUGUUUUUUUUAAAUUAAAUAAAAUUGAACAAAAAGUGAAA